GUUUUAUGGCCCGUCGGUAAGCGAGAGUAAAGUUUCCAAAAUGGUGCUCGAGAGUACUAUGGUCUGUGUGGACAACAGUGAAUACAUGCGCAAUGGGGACUUCCUACCCACUAGGCUUCAGGCUCAGCAAGAUGCAGUCAACAUUGUCUGUCACUCCAAGACCCGCAGCAACCCAGAGAACAACGUGGGGCUCAUCACAAUGGCCAAUAACUGUGAGGUGCUGACCACACUCACCCCUGACACGGGUCGGAUCCUCUCCAAGCUGCACGCUGUCCAGCCCAAGGGCAAGAUCAGCUUCUGCACUGGAAUUAGAGUGGCCCAUCUGGCUCUGAAACACAGACAAGGGAAGAAUCACAAGAUGCGGAUCAUUGCCUUUGUGGGAAGUCCGGUGGAGGACAACGAGAAGGAUCUGGUCAAAAUGGCCAAGCGGUUGAAGAAAGAGAAAGUCAAUGUGGAUGUGAUCAACUUUGGAGAGGAGGAGGUGAACACGGAGAAGCUGACAGCCUUCAUCAACACCCUGAAUGGGAAGGAGGGGACGGGCUCCCACCUGGUGACGGUACCCCCUGGCCCCAGUCUGGCCGACGCCCUGCUGUCCUCCCCCAUCCUGGCCGGCGAAGGGGGCUCCAUGCUGGGCCUAGGGGCCAGCGACUUCGAGUUUGGGGUGGACCCCAGCGCUGACCCUGAGCUUGCACUGGCCCUGCGCGUGUCCAUGGAGGAGCAGAGACAGCGGCAGGAGGAGGAGGCUCGGAGGGCGGCCGCUGCCUCCGCUGCGGAGGCCGGGAUCCCCACUCCCACUGGAGACGAGUCGGAGGAGGCCCUGCUGAAGAUGUCUGUGUCGCAGCCGGAGACGGGCACUGCUGUCCUGCCUGAUUUCAGCAGCAUGACUGAGGAUGAGCAGAUCGCCUACGCCAUGCAGAUGUCCCUGCAAGGGGCCGGCGGCGAGUUUGGGGAAUCCAUACCAAUGGACACAGGAGCCCCCAUGGACACUGCUGAAUCUGCCAAGGAGGAAGACGACUACGACGUGAUGCAGGACCCAGAGUUCCUGCAGAGUGUGUUGGAGAGCUUGCCAGGUGUAGACCCCAAUAACGAGGCCAUCCGCAAUGCCAUGGGCUCCCUCGCCUCGCAAACCGGGGCCAAGCCACCCGAGGGCAAGAAGGACGAGGAGAAGAAGAAAUGAGGAGCCAGACUACCGGACAGCACACAAGACAAGACUGAGGGACAGAACUAAGACAGGAAUGGACGCCAGUAAUUAAAUGGACAGCAGUGAUGGGUGAUAAAGAACACAAAUCUAGUUAGACAGGCCUUUUUUGACUGUUGGGUGAGCACACACAGUGAUACACUUGGACGCAUUUAGAGGCACACACACAGACUUUGACAGACAGACUGGUACACUCCCACUCCCACUCACAUACACACACACACACACACACACACAUAUGUGCACUUACAAACACACAACAUUGUUUGGAUACGACUGACUGACUGCAACACCUCUAACAGUAUGUAGACAGAUUCUGAAAGAUGUAUACUAAAUAGUUAUCCUCUCUCCUCAUCUUUUGCUUUGUUUCUUUUUUGUAUUGCGAAAAAAGGGCAAAGGUCGGUAUGCAUGUCUUUUUGAAUUCCCACCUCCGGUUCCCUCCUGUUUCUCAGCCUGUUGCCGUUUUAAAGGCCUUUGUACAAAAAAAAAAAAAAAUAGAAGACUGUAUUAAAUGAAAUAU